AUGAUUACACGUACUUGUGAUCACACACGAGAGUCUCGCCAGUUUCCGGAUCACGUUCUUUUUCAUGUUUCUACUGCUCCCACCACUGAGCCUUCCACAUUUAGACAGGCACAGCAGCACCCUGUUUGGUGGGAUGCGAUGCGUGCUGAGAUUGAUGCUCUUCAUGCCAACCAGACUUGGCGUCUGGUUCAGGCUCCUGCUGAUGCCAACAUUGUUGGGUGUAAGUGGGUGUACAUGAUUAAGCGUAAUCAUGAUGGUUCGGUGAGUCGCUAUAAAGCCCGGCUUGUUGCUAAGGGCUUUCAUCAGACUGAGGGUAUAGACUACACUGAGACUUUUAGUAUUGUAGUCAAACCCACUACUAUUCGACUUGUUUUUUCGGUCGCCUUUUCUCGUGGAUGGUCUAUUCGUCAACCAUGGAUGGUCUAUUCGUCAGGUUGA